GUAAGUUAGAGUGUUUAUUACCACACGUCGCACAAAAUGCCACGUUCAUACUUGAAAACAGACGAGGCGAGAGAUGCUGCGGAGAUGAAAUAUUUACUCGCAUCCAAAAUUAGGAGGCGAAAAGAAGAAAUUCAUAACUACAUACUAGAAAGGCGAGCUGAAAUUCACAAACGAAUCAGAUAUCGAAGGCAUCUUUUCCUCAAUUACCGGAGCACGAGAACGAUACCAUCACCAGAUGAAGAAGACCUGCAAAAUCAUGUCCCAAUCCUUGCAGACCCAGACUGGUGGGAGAGAGUUGUGAUGACAGAGUUUGGACCAGAAGACUGGCUUGACAAGUUCCACGUCACAAGAGACAUCUUCCUUCUUCUGAGCGCUAAACUCAAGCCUCAGCUCGAGCAAGUGUAUAUAGAACAAAUUGGACAGAUCAUUACACUGGAGAGAUGUAUUGCCAUGACCUUAAUGCGUUUGUCCACCAGCACAGAAUACUGCUUUUUAAGUGAACUCUUCGGUGUGCCCAUCCCAGCUGUGUGUCAGUGUGUACGAGAGGUAUGUGAAGCCAUCAUCUUGUUAAUAAAACCCCUCUACAUGCAGUUACCCGCAGAUCAUGAACUUGAAGAACAUGCGGAGCAGUUUCGUACUCUGUGGGGUUUUCCUCACUGCAUUGGUGUCAUCGACUCCCUUCACAUCCCAGUUAAAUCGCCCUCCACGGACACUCAGGAUUGCUGGAACCAGAGAGGAUGGCACUCUGUGGUGCUUCAGGGUGUGGUAAACGCACAAGGUACUUUCUGGGACGUUUGUUCCGGUUUUACAGGCAGCAUGGAUGACAUGACCAUCUUGCAGAGCUCAGAGCUGUGGACAAUGGCAGAACAGGGAGGCUUCUGCUCCCAGCCACCCAAAGAACUGAUGGGUCAACCGCUGGGAUUUCUGCUGCUGGGGGAUGUGGGUUAUUCGCUUCAGGCCUGGCUACUGAAGUGCUAUCCUCCGUUGUCAAAUCUAACACCGCAACAGCAAACCUUCAACGUCCAGCUGAACCAUGGCCUUAAAGUCAUCAAGAAUGCCUUCCAGCGUCUUAAAGCACGAUGGCAGUGUUUGCACAACAGAAAUGACAGCAAUGUAGACUUGGUAUCCAAGAUGGCUGUAGCUUGCUGUAUCUUGCACAAUAUCUGUAAUGUGCAUAACAGUCCGUUUAAAGAGGAGUGGGUUGAAGCACUCAGUCAGAAUGAAUGUCCACAGCCCACAGACGUGCCUACGGUCUAUAUAGAUGAUCCAAAUGCAGAGGCAGUUCGUUCUCUGCUCUGUAGCUAUUUUGAGCAACAACAGCAGAGCAAAACACUUGAUUCAUCUCCAACAAGCAGCCCGGUUCUGCCUGUACCUGAGCCUCCUCAAGUGAACAGUGCUGGAACAGCAUAGUUUGUGUAUUGAUUGAUCAUUACAGUGGGUUUAUAGCUGCCAUUUAAUACUUUGAAAAUAAACUUGGUAGAAAGUGUGUAAAUUGAUUAUUUAAAUCCUAGUCUUGUAAUAUAUGACUCUAAGAUGAUCUGUUUUAUUAUUUUUUUAUAAAUGAGUGACUUUUAAAUCAUUUGACUUGUUACGUUUUAUUUGGCGUCUAAUGUAUCAAUAUUGUGUAA